AUGGAAAGAAUCGUCUUCUUCGCCUCUUUGAACACAUUCUUUGGAAAGAGACUACAGCUUGGGUAUCCGGAAAUAUUCGAUGACUUUCAAAUAUUUAAUAAGACACUAUAUGUUGGCGUGCGCUCGAAAUUAGCUUUCAGGCUCAAUCCUCGGGCGGACCAGGCCCGUAGGAGACUACUGGACAAUUUCGACAAGUGGGUUGACACUGAACUAGAAGAAUGGGAGGACAACGGACCUGUAUGGAAUGAGAAGUGGGGGGUCAAGUUGAACUGGGAAAGGGAAAACCUUCUUCGGAAGCAUGAUUUUACCAUGAGGGGCCGUGCAUGCUCGCAUGUAUCUUUUCUAUAUGUUAUGAACCUGAACUCAGCACCAAUGACCACAUGGUUUUUGAUCAACAUAAUUCAGUCUCCCAAUUUACUAUCUCGGUUCCAAGCUGAAUGCCAGGAAUGUCUCAUCCCUUCUUCAGACGGGAAACUUGCGUUUGAUCUUCAAACCCUGAAAGCUAGGCCUUUGGUGCAAGGAGUAUGGAAAGAGUCCCUUCGGUUAGGCUCAGCAAGCGCUGUCGCACGUGUUCUAGCCCAAGAUAUUGAACUCGAUGGUUAUAUGCUCAAGCAAGGAAGCGUGAUAUUUAUUCCAGUUCAGCUAUUACACUACAAUAACGGCAUCUUUCCGGACCCAGAAGCGUUCGAUCCAGACCGAUGGGUAUUUAAUGAGGAGGAUACUUCACAGUCUGAAAUGAGACAGAAACAAAUGGCGGCACAUUUGCGCCCGUUUGGUGGUGGUAAUGGUAUUUGUUCAGGUCGAUUUAUAGCCGAGGAUGAAGUUAUUUUGGCAGCCGCAACAUUACUCACGAAAUAUGAUUUUUAUAUGCAGGGGCAAGUGCAAUUAAAUCCAAGGGCGCUAGGAAUCAUGUCGCCGAAGGACAAAGUGUGGGUGAAAAUACGGGCUAAAUAA